AUGCUGACGCUUCGGGCGAUUUAUUACGAGCCACGUCCUGUCGGGUUGAGCCCAGGGCUCAACAAUGAUCUCUACACGUCGGCAUUCACCAAUAUGCACGAGCGUGAUUUGUACAUCAUGCGGAACAUACUCCAUGCGAAUGCUGUCAGACUUGCACCUUGGGACUCGGAGCAGGACCAUUCGGGUUUCCUGCGCGCCUGCAAGAAGUAUGGAAUGUAUGUUAUACCAACCUUCGACCUUUCCUACUUCUUGUCCACCGCAGCCAGGAUGUCAGCAUUCAGCCAGAGGCAGUCAGAGGUGUGGAAGGGCUUCCAGAAGUUCUUGCACCAGGCGCUCCAGGAUGCUGCGGACAUUGAGGAGAUCAUCCUGAUGUGGACUGUCAACUUCGGUCUCAACCUGAAUGAAACGACCGAGCAAGGCCCACGCUCGAUGUCCCUUCUGUCAGAAAUCCGCGAUGAGUACUUCCAGAUGCUGCGGGUCAUCCGCUCGGCCCAGUGGCUGCAGGAGUGUGGUCCGGGAAAGGCCUCCUGCGAUGGCGAUCGCUUCAAGAGACCUCUAGGUGUCCCGCUGUUGCUGGACACGAUCUUACGACAAGACAAUAUUGGAUGGUAUCUGGGCUUCUCCGAGACGGUGUGGGGAACAUGGCCAGUUGAUGAGCUCUCACUGCAUAUCGACGAGAAAACCUUCAACCGGCUGCGACCACUUGGAGCUUUCGAUGCCUGGAUAGUACAAUCGCAGCCGCCUACGAAUCGGCAAGGGCAGACGGACCUGGCACAACAGCUGAAGUGGUUCAAUGCCACAAUGGCAGAAAGCCACGAUGCUUUUGCCUGGCAUGACCUCGCAACUCAAACUCUGCGAAACCCUGCUGGCGACUUGCUGCAGGGCUGUGACCCAGGCAUUGGGUGUACAUAUCCGACACAGAAGCUCGUGAUCGCGCAGUUUGGCUUUGCCGCGGAAGCUCCGAUGUAUGGUUCAGUAAACGAGCUGGUCGACCCUGUCCUGCAGCAACAACUGAUGGGUGAGCUCUACAAAGGCCUGUCGAGCCUGGAGAGCUGUGCAGAAGCCGGCGUGACAAUUGAUGAGUGGGUGGAUGACUGGGGGAGGUCCGAAGUGCUCGGUUGCCCGGGCAGCGUCUUUCAGCACCCGCACACAGGGCCUUGUGACGAAGUCCGCCCGGGGCGCACCAUUCAUCAUGAGUGGUUCGGUAUGAAUGGGCAGUACACCUUCCUCAGCUUCCACUGCCUCGACCCACGCUAUCAUCAAGAGCAUCCAACCAGGAGUUCGGGCGAAAAGGUUGGUGGAAGCGCUUUCCGCUUUGAUGACAUACCGGACGCGGCUUCUGAAAACCAGCUGUGGAACCUUCUGCCAGGCGGCUAUUGCGUCGUCAUGCAUGAACGCCUCUGGUUGCUGGCUCUGAACUUCGCGUUGUUUUUCUGCGGAGCUGCGCUGGAAGUCUUCUACUGGUGUAAGUGCUGCUGCUUCCGCAAGCUCGUCAAACCUCCUAGACACCGCCAUCCUGCGCACGCUCGCGCAAUUGACAGCCAGGUGCUGCUCGAGGCAGAAUCACCUUCCAGGACCGAUGCCAUCGAGCUAGGGCGAUUUGAGGAGCCACCAGCAGACAUGCAGGAUGCCAACAACGUCGUCAAGGCAGAGGCACCACUGCUCCUUCCGGACGAGAUGUCCAAAGGAGCUGCCGAGGUCAUGAUUUGUAUGACCGCCAGCGUGGUUCGCGAGGGCAAGGUGCAGUUCACCACCGACACGCUUCGUUUCUUUGCCGAAGCACAUGUGAAGACACAGUGCAGGCGCUUGAAGCUACAGGUAGAGGCUGAAGGACAUGCCUUGGAUGCAGAAUUCACCGGGCCGGGACGCUUGUCACGGGAGGAAUGCAUUGGGAAGGCAAUGGCAAACAUCCAUGCUCGCGUCUUGGAGGGCUACUUUGUGUGGCUGGAAGCACAGCGAGAUCUGAGAAACAAAGAGCAGCGGCUGAAAGCCAUGCUUGGCAUCGAGCCGUCCAGACGACGGCCGGCUUGGAUGUUGUUCACCGAAGCCGCAGCCCUCCGUGUCGUGGAAAGCUUGUCGGAGCACGCCCUGCAUUCGCCGGAGUUCAUCUCCAUGAUGUUCCACAGCAUGCGUUGGGUAGAGUCACUCUCAGACGACAACGCAUUCCUUCCGGACAGUGUGCGCUUCACAGUGGAUUACGAUGCACUUCACUACGGAGUGGAUGCUAUGAGAAAGAACACCAAUCCAUUCACGGGAGGUGUGAACUUCGACGACAUAAAUGAUCUGGGAGAAGCACGGGCUGAAGUCGAUGUCAACACCGUGCAAAAAACGUUCCUGGAAUCGACGUCGUGGCGGGUUUUGUACGAUCUCCUUGACAACUUUGGGCCUGUUUUCACUGUGAAGCUUUGGAUCUUCUUCAUGGCCUUUUAUGUACAUCUUGGCUCGCUGCCGGAUCAGAACGAUAGCUUUUUCAGUCCCAGAGGCAGCCGGUCAGAUGCUGUGCAGAUCAUGGCUCUCCUAGAUGCCAGCCUGCUAGUGCUCGCGGAGCUGGGUUUACUCUGGCACGGCUUGGCUCAGCGGCGCCUCUGCCGGAGCCCGGGCCGCUUCUCCUCGCAAGUGAAGCGCACGCACCGGCGCUGGGCGCGGAGGCGGCUGCUGUCGGUGAUGCUCGGAUGUGGAAGCCUUGGGGCAAUGGUGUUUUUUGGCAAAGUGGGCCGAAACCUGUGCAAUCUGACUCCAGAGGAGUCCUUCCAGAAGGACAAAGACUGCUCAGACGAGUUUGCCGUGCUUUGCUGUUGUGCCUAUGCAGCAGUUCGACUACUGGUUUUCUUUGUCUUCAGCCGUCGUCGCAACAUCCCGUUCGUCCACGGUACGCCAGCGGACUUGAAAGACAAGAAAGCAAACCAGCCGACGGUGCCAGAUGCGCAGGCAGACCAGGAGGCAAGCUCAGACUCUUUCCUGACCGUGGUUGCCGAUGACGCACCGGACCCUGUGGAAAAGGAGGGCAAGGGAUCUGCUCCACUGUUUGUCUGGCUGUUCGUGCUGGCACUGUGCUUCGGCUUUGAGACAUUCUUCGUUGCCCCUCUCGUAUCUGGCUUUUCCUUCAAGGGCUUUUGCGGGGAAUCCUGUUCGAAUCGGCUGUUCGCCUGGGCUGUGCAUGUGCCUGGCGUGGGGACCAUACAUCCGCUACCGUCCGAGUGUGCAGCCUGUGGCCUGACCAUCAUUGCCAUCUAUGCUCUGGUUGGCAUGACAGCCUUCCUUGACUUGCACUUCCUGUUCUACCUGGUCAUUGGGAUUGGGGGAUACGCCAUGGGCGAGCACCGAGGAUUGCGCAACGUAGUGUCGUCUGCGCUAAGGCAACUGGACCUGGAUGCGAGUGCACGCAGACAAGAGAUUCACGAGAACGAAUUGCGCGACAUGAUAAGUGACGGUCGGGCGAUGGAAGCGGUUUUCGGAAGCGCGUGGCGUCUAGUUUGGAGCUGUGCCGUGGAGUCCCUUUAUGAUGAUUGCCUGAUCUCCGAAGCAAUGGCUAACAGCAUGGUGAAUGCCGCGCACACCUUCCGCUGGCGUGAUAGCACUGCUUCCAAGAAGCAGUUCGCCCAGAUGUCCCAGUGUUUUACCAAGCUGCGCUUCCGAGCCACGCAGCUUCGUGGAGGCUCCUGGCAGCAAGCCGGACGGAGUUGCUGCAUCUCUGAGCUGCAGGUAAUACACGGGGCCAGAAGUCGACCCAAGUCAUAUCCGGUGCAAAAAUGGGCUGUGAAGCAGGUGAAAGUUUCUACGCCAGCCGAGCAUGCGGAGCUCAUGGAAGUCCUCGAUGACAGGCUCAUAGCCACUGCAGACGUUCCAGGCCUUGGUGUCCAGAGUGGCACGCAGCUGCUUUCUCGUGGGCCGUCUCAGGUACCUAAUGGAGUAGCUUCCGGGACGAGCACUCCGAAUCGGGUGUCGGUCUCCAGUCGUGGGAGUGCACAGGCGACGCCAUUGCGGAGGAAUCUGACAAAGGCUGAAGACCUGGUCGCGCUGAGGAACGCCAGCAGUUUUCGCUUCCCUGCAGAGCUGGAGUUCACUCACCCGGAGGAGUAUCGGGAGGUUGUGGUGGAAUUUAAUAAGCCACGCUGCAUUUCCGCCAUCUCAUUCUCGACCACUUCGGAUGACCGUCAAUUCGAUCCGGUAUGUUGGGAGAUAGAUGGCUCCAUGGAUGGUCAGGUGUGGAUGAGGCUCCAGACACAGCAACGAGAGUUUGACACCCCAGCAGAGCGGCGCGAGCAUGUUGGAACGUAUUUCGCGUCGGAACCGUGGCGGAAACAGGGUGCCCUUGCGUCAACGCAGGUUGACCUUCAGAAGGUCCCGUCUUGCGUCAGCGAACGACUCUGCUUCUUCGCGAGCUCUCUGCGUGCUCUCCUGAAGCAGAGCAUCCGACCAGGAUUUCAGAUUCGACCAGGCCGCGAUACAUUGCUGGACAGCAAGGCCGGAGCAAUUCCGACCUUGACCCAGGUAGUCCCGGUCUACGAAGAGCAAGUCAUCCUGACGGAGGAGUUCUUGUGUGCUUCCGAUGGCCGGAACACGAAUUUGGGCUUCCUCAUCGCACAGGCAGAAGACCAGUGGGAGAUUUUCACUCGCAAGCAUGGCAUGGAACCGCGAGAGCUCUUCAAUGCCUUCGUGCUGGGUGAUCUCAAUGAGUGGGCACGAAGGGCUGAGAUGAAUCAGGACCCGGAUCUCCUUGAGGAAAUCCGAGAGCUCCACCUGCAGAUUCGGCUUUGGGCAUCCCAGCGAUCUCAGACCGUCUACCGUACCGUCGCCGGGGCCAUUGAGUACCACAAGGUCUUGGACAUGCUCCCAGCGGUCCAGGCAUCUGACAGCCCGCCCAAGACCCUGGCAGGCUUGGUGCAGCUGUUCAUCGCUCACCAGACCUACGGCAACAAGAGGUACAAAGAGAGUGUGGACCAAGACAUGAGACGGCUCCUCCUGCAGUAUCGGCACUAUCCUGUCUACCUGGUAUGUGAUUACAACGCCGACCUUGCCAGGCCUUCGCUGCGGGAGAUGGUGACCUGUUAUGUGGCCCGCGAGCACAAGUUCACGGGCAGGGUCCAGUUUGCCUCUGUGCUGCUGGCGUUCAAUGAGAAUUACGUGAAGGGCCAGUCCGAGGAAAACAUCGUCAAGGUGCUGGAGGUGUUGCCACGAGUCUACCCCCUCGUGCUCGGAGAGCUGGACCCUCGUCCACCAUCCGCGAAAACUCAGGGAAAGGCCGGAAACCAGCUGGGAGCGCUUCGCUUUGCGCCGGGCCACUACCUGCAGAUGAUGGAUGCGAACAUGGGUGCCUUCUUCGGGGAGGCCUGCAAGGUGCCCUUCGUGCUGCGGCAUUUCCAGCCUCCGGGCUGUGACCGCAGGACGGUCCAAGCACGCAUCAUCGGCUUCCGUGAGCACAUCUUCACUGGGAGCCACGGUGCAGUAGGUGCUGCCAUGGCAGACGCAGAGUGGACCUUCGGAACUAUUUGCCAGCGUUUCCUGGCGGGGCUUGGUGCACGAAUGCACUACGGGCAUCCCGACUUCUUCGAUGCCUUUUGGGCCUCCAACCGUGGUUCUGUCUCGAAAGCAUCUCCCAUCCUGAACCUUUCCGAAGACAUCUUUGCUGGUUUCAAUGUGCUCAUGCGUGGAGAAACUUCGAAGCAUGUGGACUGCCUAGAGUGGGAGAAAGGCAGAGAGGUGUCCUUCAACUCUGCAUCCUUGUUCUUUACCAAAGUGGCCAGCGGCAAUGUCGGCGUCAUGCGUUCAAGAGAUCUGAAGAUCCUGACGGGCAGCUUGAACAUAGCCGACAGCUUCUCCUUCUAUUUUGCAUCAGUGGGGUUCUACCUGUACAACGUCGUGACAGACCUUUCGAUGAGGAUUUAUGUCGUGAUCUUUGUUCUCUUGACCCUGUCCUCCAAAAGCCUCGAUGAUGUUGGCAAGUUGGACUCUCUGCUGGCUGCUGAAUGGGUUAUUUCCUUCGGAACGCUUGCGAUGUUCCCGCGUUUGAUGGAGCUGACCUUGGAAUUUGGAGUCAUGGAGGGCAUCAUCCGUUUCCUGCCAUCUGUGCCAGGCGCGGUGCUCGUGUUCACUUUUAUGAACAAGUCCAUCGCAGAAGCUGUGGGCUCAACGAUGCAGACGGGCCUUGCGAACUACAUCUCCACUGGGCGACCUAUGGCGAAUGACCACUACGGCUGGCGAGAUUGCUACUUCUUCUACAGAGAAAGUCAUUACUAUCCUGCCUUGCGAAUUCUGAUCAUGUAUGCCGUCUAUAGGUUCUUGGCAGAGACUUUUAACGUCGCCGCGCUGCCCAUGAUGAUUCUGCUGGGUACAGCCGUGGUGUGGGUCGUUGGGCCUAUCCUUUUCUGCCCACAGCCAACCCUAUGGUCGAUUCGCGACGAUUUGUCCGAGUUUUGGUGCUUCAUAGUCGGGGCGUCCAAUGCCGAUCGCCCCAUGGACACCAAAGUGGUAAAUCUUGAGGAGCGACUUGCAGCGAGCAAGGCCGAUCCCCGAGCGAACUUAUACGAUGUCUGGUUGUUCGACAAGCUGAAACACAAGCGGGCCCCUGUCUAUGCCCGCAUGAUGGAGCUCGCCGUUGCACUGUAUUUCUUUGUUGUCAUGCUCGCGGUGGUCUUUGGCACCAUGGUGGAUCAGAUUCGAUCUGUUGUGCUACUGAUCUUGGUGAACUACUUUAUUCUGGCAUUGUGGCGUGUCAUCGGAAAGCCUACUAUCCUCAUGAUGGUUUCCGGCGUGUUUUGGAUAUGCUCUGUGCCUGUGGUUCUGAACAGCCAGUCCUUGGGAGGGCAAUAUGGCACACUGCUCGUGGCCUUCAUCCUAACGUUUCAGGGCCUCACAGUCAUCGAGAAGUCGCUGCUUCUCCUGGCUUGGGCUGUGCUGCGGCCGGACCCAAACUGCGCCUCCCUGCCCGAAGCCACAUCGGGAGAGCGAGCACAGAAAAAAGACGCAGCUCGAAAAGUCGAACGGUACGAUGCACUCGUGGAAUACCUGUACCUGAACUUAAUGUCUUAUCAGUGGCACCUUUAUGUCUCAAUCAUGCUCCUGGCGGUGAACUUUGUGACGCAGCUCUGCGUGGCAGUUUUAGAGAUGCUUGGAGGUCUUCAGUCUUGGUGGUUGCUCGGUGGCAAGCUCAAGGGGGGCUGCCUCCGAGUCCGAAGGCCAGAGUACAAGCCGCCAGGGAACGACUUUGAUCCGCCAUCGGAGCGCCAAAGGCAGCUCUCAGCAUGCGCUUCGAGCUUGGCCUCGGAGGGUCUGAGAGCACGGCCAGUCAACGGCGUGUCCCACAAUCUAGAUGAUGCAAACGAGACCAUCUCCAAGCACCGUCGGCGACACUCCUCUGGCGAGUUUGUUUGCAACGAGCAGCUCGUGGACACGCAGAAUAUAUGGUCAACUAUGCAGAUGAUCGUGAAUGCCGGCUUUACGUUGACCAGGCGCUACAUAAAUGUCGGCGCACACGACGGACAUAUUGAUGACCCGCUGUAUGAGUACGCACGAUCCACAAACGCCAGCGGCGUUGCCGUGGAGCGCCAGCCAGGAUUGUGUUCGCGUCACCGAGAGGCCCUGCCCAACGUGAAGGUAGUCUGCUCUGAGGCCACGCCGCAGGGCAUCCUCGACAUGAUCCGGCCAGUUCUGUCAGACGCGAGUGAGAUAGACGUGAUGAAGGUGGACAUCGACUCGUUCGACUGCCCGGUCUUGGAAACACUCCUGCCGGAAGUCCGAGCACGGAUCGUUCUUGUGGAGGCCAAUCCCUCGGUUCCACCGCCGUACCAGUGGGCCAUGUUGUACCAUCCGGAGCUGUGGCACUUUUUCGCGAACUUCUCGAAGCCAGAGGAGGUCCCGAUUCGAGGGUGCUCACUUUCCUACGAGGUGCAGUUGCUUCGGCGAUUCGGAUACGACUUGAUUGCGUUUGGCGGGCAUGAUGCCGUGUUCGCACACGAGUCAGUGCGAAGUGCCUUCCGCGCUUUCACAGAAGUGCCAAUGGACGAGUUUGAUUGCUACAACAAGUGUCUUUUUUGCAGCCUGACCUGGCUCAAAAAAGUGUCAGGGGUUGGGGCUUGGGACAGGCUUCCCCGGCAAUGGAUUGAGUCUGCCAAAUUCGACUUACGUCAGCUCGCUCUGGGCAUGCGUCGUCUAUGCUGCGCAUACAUCGCCCUCUUGCUCCAUGCCGGCGCACUGCGGCCGCAAAACGACGACAGGAGAGAGGCGGACCCAGAUCAGGAUGGCGAGUGGGUGGAUCCAGUCGAUUUAGAUAGCCCUGUCACUCCCAAGCUGCCUCCAUUCCAAGUGCAGCUGACUGUGAAUGAUGAAAGUGCAGCUCUCAAAAAGGAAGACGGGUCCAUCCUUGGCGACUUGAUCUACAUGUUCAUGCCCCAGAGCGACGGCUUGGACACCCUUGCAUCAGCUAUAGUCAGAGACCUUCCACCGCUGCUGGAGAAGGAAGGAUUGAAAUGCAUUCUGGCCAAAGACGGAUCAGAAGGACAUGACAUUCGGCUCAUGGUCGAAAUAACAGGCUACAAGCUCAAGGACGUUCUGGCCAGCCAGACCAGCGAGGAAUUCAAUUCUACGCUCACGACGUUGCCAUUAUUGUUCCCACCUCUGGGAGCUCAAAAGGAGUAUGAUGCUGUACACCAGAGAGUGAAGGAAUUCUUAAAGAUCAAGUGGAUGCGGAAGAUACCGGAGAUCUUCAACACGCAGCUCUUGACGAUGGGGGUAGAUGCAGACACCUCCGUUGUGCCUCCUCCCCCCGACUUGCCGAAGCCCGACAAGCUUCCUGCGCCGGAAGGCCUCAAACUCUUUCUGAGGGUGGAGCUGGAAAGCAGGCUCGCCAUGGCGAAAGCUGUGGACCCGAGCCUGGGAGACGAGGCUGUCAAGAAGAUGAGCCAGGAUGAGUUCAUCCGUCUCAUCCGAGCCAAGCUGAAGGAACACAUAGCCACGGCUGUGGGCGAAAAGCUCGGGGAUUCCUUCCCGUUUGACGCUGAACCUCAGAGUGACACGGAUUUUGGACAUCACUCGAAGCACAGCUUCUGGCUCCCGCUGAGCGUCCGCAACGUGGAUGAGGAGAAGGCCCUGAAGAAGAUCAAAGGAGAAGAGCUUGCAGGAAACUUUUCCCAGUUCCUUGCCUCGCUGAACAAGCUCGCGACAGGUGGAGUGGGCGGCCUGGCCGCUGUGGCCACCGAUCUCCGGGCCACGGUGCGACACUCUCAGCUGAAAGAGUUGCACACAGAUCUCGCACGUCGUGUUGCUGAACUUCUUCACGCAGAAGUUCAGGCCGUCAGCAGCUCCGCCUACGAAUGGCUCCAGAAACAUGCUUCCGCUGGCAUCUGCUGUCGAAGCGAGAAGACAAGCUCCAGGGGAAAAGCCACAGACGAGGUGUUCUGGGUGGCUUCGAACGUCACCGCAGGGCCUGAUGGCCCAGCUGGCCUUUGCCCUGCAAUCUCGGCGGCGGCGAAACCGCCGUGUGCGGCUUCCCAGGAGGCUCAUGAGAAGAUCGUGCUGCACCAUCGACCAUACACUGAGUGCUAUAACUUUGCUGAGCUCAACAGCUCUCACGAGGUCCCAGCUCUCAAAGCUGCGAAGAUCGAGUCCAGCUGUCAAUCUUGA